CGUUAAUACUGAUUUUCUCUGUCACUUUCCACUUAUAAUUCUACUCUUCUCUUUAGAUUCACCUUCCAAUUUCUUUUCUUCAAUUGGAGUAUAUGCCCCUGUUUUCAAAUCCUCAUUCAUGAAAACAAAUUUUCAGCAUUUUACUUAGCAAUUGUCUAAGAAGGCAACUGAAUUCAAAUCAAAUCCUUUUUUUUUUUUUUUGAAUCAUGAAUCAGUAUUUUCCUUUAAAGGAAGAGUUCCAUUGUUCGAAUUACUCGCAGUACGAAGAUGAGACGCCGCAACCUAUGGAGGGUCUCAACGAUUCAGGGCCUCCGCCGUUUCUGUAUAAGACGUUUAACAUGGUGGACGAUCCAAGUACUAACUGUGUAGUGUCUUGGAGCAGAGGAGGUAGCAGCUUCGUUGUAUGGGAUACUCACUCUCUUUCUAGUAAUCUCCUCCCUAGAUUUUUCAAGCACAAUAAUUUCUCCAGUUUCGUUAGGCAGCUCAAUACUUAUGGUUUUCGAAAGAUUGAUUCAGAGAAAUGGGAGUUUGAAAAUGAAGGGUUUAUCAAGGGCCAGAAGCAUCUCCUGAACAGUAUCAAGAGAAGAAAGAACACAUCUCAAACGCCAGUAGUAAUUCAACAAUCUCUAGGCUUUUGUGUUGAAGAUGGUGAAGUGGAUCGCUUGAGGCGAGACAGGCGGGUUCUAAUGAUGGAACUAGUGAAGCUAAGACAGCAGCAACACAACACUCGAGCUUAUAUUAAGGCCAUGGAACGAAGGCUCCAAGGCACUGAAAAGAAGCAGCAGCAAAUGAUGUGUUUCUUGGCUAGCGCAAUGCAGAAUCCAGCUUUUCUGAAUCAGUUAAUACAACAAAAGGAGAAAAGAAUGGAGCUUGAAGAAGCCAUGUGUAAGAAAAGGAGACGGCUACGGCCUGUUAGCGUCGUCCGCGUAGGUGAAUCGAGCCGAAGUAGCGGAGGAGGAUCAAACCCUGUUAAGACUGAAGUUUUGGAGUUUGGUGACUAUGGAUACGAAGUAAAAGUAAUGGAAGCACUUGCAUUGGAAAUGCAAGAGGGAGCAGGUGACAAGGACGAAAAUCGAGAGAGACAGGGCAAAGAACUCGAUCAAGGAUUUUGGGAAGAGUUAUUGAAUGAGAGGUUCGAAGGAGGUGAAGAUGAAGAUAUGAAUGUGAAUGUGUUGGUUGAUCAAUUGGGUUAUUUGGGUUCAACUCCAAAGUAGAGAAGGUGAUUUGGGUUCCAAGUCCAUGCGAAGCUUUGAUGCUUUCUUGUUAUCAGUAGUGUCCACGCAAGGAUGCUUGUGAUAAGGUAUAUAUUCUUCAUUAUGAGAGAAAAA